UAGUACAAAACUAGAAGAAUAUGGAAGAACGAAUAGAAGACCUCAUUAAGACAACAAUGCCAACUCUUUCGCUUAGCUCGUUAGUUGAGUUUGUGUCGACAUGUGAAACAGAGAGUUUAAGUCUGGGAUUUACGAAAUUCAGCGAAACAGAUGUACAAGGAUCGACAGUGGAAGGACUGCAUCAGAAUUUCCAAGUUGGUGUAGAAGCAGAGCUGCUCAUUUGUCUCAAAACAAGCGAAGGAGAAAACAGAACCACUCAGCACACAGAUCGUGUUGAAGUACACAUAGACCCGCGAGAUCAGCUGAGAAGUUUGGUGACGAGUGAAAAAGGAGAUGGCCGUUUCCUGGCCAAAUUUGUAGCGGAAGCACCAGGUGCUUAUCAAAUGGGAAUUGAGAUAAAUGAACAGAAACUUGCUACUUGUCCCUUCACUAUUCCGGUCAAGUCACGAAAGUUAAAUAUUGCUGGAAAGUUGGACCUCCAACGAGCAGAGCCUAAGGGUCUAGCCGGCAUCGCAGUGAACAGUAAAGGUGUUGUUGCUGUGGCUGAGGGUAAAACUCACUGUAUCCUGGUAUUUGAUGAGGCGGGAAAGUUUGCGCGAAAACUUGGUUGUAGCGGCGACAAAGAUGGACAAUUUAACGAACCACUCGACGUCACAUUCCUAAAUGAUGACGAGAUUCUGGUGGCAGAUCAUUGUAAUCACCGAAUACAACAACUGAAUGUACAGUCAGGGAACUUUGUGAAAAGCUUUGGAAAAAAGGGAAGUGGGAACGGAGAGUUACAGAAUCCCACAAGUGUAUGUAAUACAAGUGAUGGACAGUUUAUCGUCGUAGUGGAGCAUAGUAACAGCAGAAUUCAGAUGUUUACAAUGGAUGGCGAACCUGUGUUAAAGUUUGGAGACUGCGGCUCAGAGAGGCUGGAUCAUCCAUUGGGUUGCAUUUGUCACGAGGACAAGUUCAUUGUAACUGACAAGGGAAAUAACUGUGUGAAAGUGUUUGAUAGCAAAGGACAGUUUUUGUACAAGUUUGGCGAAAAAGGAAAUGGUGAUGGAGAACUGAAUCAGCCGCAUGGGUUAUGUGUUGACAAGUAUGGCAAGGUUGUCAUAUGUGACUCGCUGAAUAAUCGGAUUCAAAUGUUUACAUUGGAAGGAACUUUCAUUGGAAAGACAAGCUACGAUCUCAAACUAAAACAGCUCUGGGGUGUUACCAUUAUGCCAGAUGAUCGGAUUUCGAUUACAGAAUUCAACGCGAAAGAAAUAUACUUUCUGAAAUAAUUGUACAUUUAUUCAAUUAACCGGCGAAUCUUCGUUAAGAAACCCGAUGAGAAUGUCUUUAAGUUUUAUUGUUUUAUUAAUUUAUGGAUGUCGUGAAAGAAUUCGUAAGAAGAUGGCCAGAACCGGGCAACUUACCGUUAAAAUUUUCGAGGAGAGUUCAAAGAUUUCCGUCGAUUCAUUACUUUAGUGAUGUGAUUGUUUGUGCUGUAAAUUAACAACGAUAUCGGAGCUAAAAAUAGCUGAUGAUUUGCUAGGACCUCUUCAAAGAUUUUCAGUCAUCUAGUUGGUCUCUUAUUUGAAAACGGCAUAAUUUUAGCGAAGAGUGAUCGCGUCACAGGGCUAAUAGAUCCGAAAGUUACGCGCGAUUGAAAUGAGCUUGAAACUCAUGUACACCAUACAGAUCAACAGACCAUGCAAGGAAAAAAAUUCCUUUCAAAUAAGAUUAAGCUUGGUAACUGCUUUAAGACUUAAGAAUGUUGUAAAGGGAAAAACAAUAUUUCUGCAAAAUAACUGUACAAAAGCACUGAUUCGUGAACAUUGUUGUUGAUAAUUUUUAGCUUUACAUUUUCUUAGUAUGUUCAAGUAGACUUUUCCUUGAGCACAUAUUGAUAUAGGUUUUUUUUUUUUUAAAAGUUUGAUGACGAUCAUUCCCUCGUCAGAUGGAGCAUGUUUUUACAUCGAAUUGUUUUGAAAUUUAUACAUUUUGAUUGUAGCUAACCUUAAAAAUUGUGGCAAUUGCUUGGUACUCAUUUGCUUUUAGUGGCAUCGUAUUUUCAACUUUAAGUAAUAGGAUUAAUAUUGACAGUAGUCAACACGAUUAAACUAGAAACAAUUUGGCCA